AUGGGCCUCGCGACCCGAGGCCGCGAUGGCCACGGCACGCAUACGAACCGGCUUACGGUGCCGACGAACCAGAUCAGUUUCUUGGGCGAUCCCGCGCCACAGAGUGCGGCGGUGCAUGCGCCGGUGCGCCUUCCCGCGAGUCCGGAGGAGCUCGAUGCACACCUGCACUCGCUGCGGGACGAGCUUAAGUUUUCGAGUGCGAUUCCGGUGGGCCAGUGGAUCCGCAAGGCGGAUCUGUUGAAACGGCAGGCCGACCAGCAUCACACGGCUGGGGAUCUCGAGGAACAGUACAAAUGCAUCCUCGUCGACCUCAUUCCGAACGAGCACACGGGGUACGCACGCCUCGACAAAGAGGCAAAAGCACGGGUACAGCGCAACGCCGACACGAUCCAGAAUCUCGUCUCGCUCACACGCGACACGCUGCGCGAGGUGCGCGAAGACGCCAUGGAGGAGCGGGGGCCCGUGUCGCCGCAGUCGGCGUCGCGGGGGGCACCGGCGCGCCCGUCGCUGCGCACCGCAGAGAGCCCCCCCAAGGCGGACCAGCGCUCGCCGGGGACGAAACGCGUCUCGUUUGCGACAGAGGAAGAGGCAGCGGCGCCGUCGCCGACACGCAAAGGACUACGCGGCGUCCUCUCCUUCUCUGGGCGCAGGCGCAACAAUGACGAGGCAGAGCCGGGGCCGAGCGCAUGGCCGUGGGGGCGCACGGCACAGCAGGCGCCCAAGGCGAAGCCCAGCCGCUUUUCGCUCGCACCACGCACGCCGGACGCGGCAGAGGCGCAGGCGAGCGUGCCGCCCGCUGCCGACGAAAAGAAGCUCAAGCCCAAGACGAGCCGCUCGUUGCUGACGGCGCGCGCGCCGGCCGAUACGCCGCUCUGUGACAAGACCGUCGAAGAGCGGGCCGGCGUGGACCACCAUGCCGACGAGAAGCCCGCCGACGACCACGGCACAAAAGACACGGCGAGCGAGGCACGUCUGUCGGCUCCGGAAAGCGAGACGAGCCCGCUCAGAGACGAGACGAGUCCAUUGGCACGAGACGCGAACUCGCUCGGCAGGGUGUCCAGCCCGCUCGGCACGGAGCCUGCACUGCUCGACAAGCAGAGGGAGCGCAGGGAGCGCAAGGAGCGCAAGGAGCGCAAGGAGCGCAAGGAGCGCAAGGAACGCAAAGAGCCGCGCGAGCCGCGCGAGCCUCGAGAGCGCAAGGAGCGCAAGGAGCCGCGCGAGCGCAAGGAGCCCCGAGAGCGGCACAAGCGCCCCGAAAAAGACGUGCCGCCGCAGCUCGCCCCCCUCGAGCUGCCGACGUCGCCCAUCGCGAUCCCGAUGCCGAAGGACUCGCCGAGCAAGCACGCACUCGCAUCGCCGCACCGCCUGACGGGCCCCGAGGAAAAGAGCCUCGUGAGCCCGCUGGCCAAGUCGGCGAAAGGGCCCCGUCCGCUCGAGGCCAAGCCUCUUGCUCCCAUGGCGAUGCCUGCAUCGCUUGUCGCGGUGCCUGAGCGCGCGCCCGACCUAUACACGGCCGUGUCGCAGCACAUGUCGCCGCAUCAGCAACAGCAAGGCUUUGUCCCAACGGCCGAUGCGCAGGCCAAGUCGCAAGAGGCCGUAGCGCGCCUGCUCGGCUCGGAUCCGCCCCGCACGCUCGACAUGCGCCUGCGCGAUGCUGCCGCGUCGAUCGUGCGUACGCCGUCGCCCCUCUCGCGCCCCCAGCGCCCCCCCGGCCCACGGAGCACGGCGACAAAAGGGCGCUGGGGCGCGCUCUUUUCCUCCAGCCAGCCCCCCCUGCCGAAGGAGGAGCUGCCGGGGGCGGCGGAGCAUGCGGUGCUCACGACCGGCACGCCCGCCUCGGCGGUGCCCGCGACCGAGGCCGGCGCGAAGCUGCGGCAGGUCGUCCUGCCGACGGCCCUUAUCACCACUUUCCUCGCGCAUGCUGAGCCCAACACCCGCGCGGACCGCGAGACGUGCGGCCUUUUGCUAGGGAGCGAGCGCGAGGGCGCACUGCACGUCACCGACCUCGUGCUCCCUGCCCAGACCGGCACGAGCGACUCGUGCACGGCCGGGAGCGAGGAAGAGACGACCGCGCUGCAGAUUGAGCGUGGCCUAAUGACCCUCGGCUGGAUCCACACGCACCCGUCGCAGAGCUGCUUCCUCUCCUCGCUCGAUCUGCACACCCAGGCGGGCUACCAGGCGCUGCUCGACGAGGCCAUCGCCGUGGUCUGUGCGCCGCAGCACCAGCCUGAUCUGGGCAUCUUUCGGCUGACGAAUCCGCCGGGCCUCCGGUACAUUCUGCAGUGCACGCAGCCUGCGCCGUUCCACGCGCAUGUGGCCGCGGCGGAUGAGGACCUGCCGCUGUACACCGAUGCGACGCACGGACAUGUCAAGCUGGAUAGCGGCGCGGGCGCCACGGUGGUCAUUCACGACCUGCGCUAG